AUGGGACCAGAACGAUCACCGUUGAUUUUGUGUAUAUAUCUGUUACUGUGCGUGGCUGCAGUAGAAGCAUUACCUGUCUGUGCGAAUGAUACCGUUGGUUAUGUAACAGACGCUGGGUGUCAGAAGGUGUGGCGCUGUGCUUGGGGACGAUUGUCUGCUAAGCCAGUGUUUACCUGUGGCCAGAACAUGGUCUUCAGUGAGGUGCUUGGUAUGUGUGUGUGGCAGGGACAAGAACACGAUGACUGUUCCUCGUCUUCAUAUACUUCAGACAAAAGUAAGACCACCAGAGCUUCGGCAGUUCAUGCUGUAUGUCGCGAUGAACUUCCCGCCAUUCCCCAUGAAUCGGAAUGUCAGCUGUAUUACGACUGCACCACCAUCCAAGCUUCCUUGAAUGUCACAGACGUAGAACCUACCGAUGGUGUUUCCCUCCGAGAGUGUGAAUAUCCUGAUCUCUUCUCCGAUGUCACCAUGAAGUGUGAAAGCUUCAUCAACGUAAAUUGUGGUAAAAGACGGGAACCGGUUGAUAAGUGUGACUAUCAAAAACGUAGUCAAUGUCAUUCUCCUGAGACUUGCUCAUCGUGUGCCAUGCGGUACCCUAGCUGUAAAGGUCAAGCCAACGGUCCUCACUCCGAUGUCACAACAUCCAACCCAUCAAGUUUCGUAGUCUGUUACAACGAUAGAUUGGUGGCACGUGGAAACUGUGAAAAAGACCGCUUUGGAGAGAUGAUGGUUUUCUACGAGAAUGGGGGACUCGGGACAAGUGGCUUUUGUUGGAGUGUUCACGACAUCCCACAGAACGACGGAGGACUUCUUCCGAGUUGUCCGAAAGGAGUUUUCUUCAAUGUAUUUCCAGAUGCGAAAGGGGCAUGUAACAGAUUCUAUGAAUGCAUAUACGGUAUGGCGUUCGUCAGACGCUGUCCUGGCAGUUUAGUGUACGACUCUCGCCAAAGUGUCUGUAGUGCCAAGGAAUAUGUAUGCGCCCCCUGCGGAAUGCGAAUCUGGUAA